GCGCGCGGACGGAUCCUCGUUCUGAAUUUGCGAGGAAAAGAUGGCGGCGUCCGUGUGUCGAGCCGGUAACAUUGUGGGUCAAGCUCUUCUUCAGGCGCGCAGCCCCGUCUUGCUGUCUCUGCGGCGGGGCCAGGCCAGCCUGUCAUACGCGCAGAGUCUCCUGGUGCUCCCUGAGACUCGCCUCACUACCCUGGAGAACGGGCUGCGGAUCGCUUCCGAGGAAUCCGGACACUCCACCUGCACCGUUGGUGUGUGGAUCGGUUGUGGCAGUCGCUAUGAGACAGAGAGGAACAAUGGAGCAGGCUUCUUCCUGGAGCACAUGGCCUUCAAGGGGACCAAGAAGCACCCUCAGUCAGCUCUGGAGAAGGAGGUGGAGUCCAUGGGAGCGCACCUGAGCGCCUAUACCUCACGCGAGCACACCGCCUUCUACAUGAAGACCCUGUCCAAGGACCUGCCCAAAGCUGUGGAGCUGCUGUCGGAGGUGGUGCAGAGCAGCUCUCUGAGUGAGUCGGAUCUGGAACGCCAGCGGGGGGUGGUGCUGAGGGAGCUGGAGGAGGUGGAGGGCAGUUUGCAGGACGUCUGCCUGGACCUGCUACACGCCACUGCCUACCAGGGCACCCCACUGGGGCACAGUGUGCUGGGGCCCUCCCAAAAUGCCAGGACUUUGAACCGUGAGGACCUGGUGGAGUUCGUCAACACUCACUACAAGGCCCCUCGCAUGGUGCUGGCGGCUGCAGGAGGUGUGAAUCACAGUGAGCUGGUUGACCUGGCCAAGCAGCACUUCAGCACGGUGUCAUUCGAGUAUGAGGAGGACGCAGUGCCCGUGCUGUCCCCUUGCCGUUUCACAGGCAGCGAGAUCCGCAUGCGCGAUGACGCCAUGCCCCUUGCACAUAUUGCCAUCGCAGUGGAAGGAGCCAGUGUGACGAGUCCCGACAUUGUCACCCUCAUGGUGGCCAACGCUAUCACCGGCAGCUAUGAUGUCACCUUCGGAGGGGGAAAGAAUCUGAGCAGUCGUCUGGCACGCUUGGCAGUUGAGGAAAAGCUGUGCCAAAGCUUUCAGGCGUUCCAUACCUCCUACAGCGACACCGGCCUGCUGGGGAUCCACUUUGUCACCGACAAGCACCACAUCGACGACAUGAUGCACCUCGCCCAGAACCAGUGGAUGAACCUGUGCACCACCGUGACGGAGAGCGAUGUGGCCCGAGCCAAGAACGUCCUGAAGGCCAGCCUGGUGGGCCAGCUAAAUGGCACAACGCCGAUUUGUGAGGACAUUGGUAGGCAGAUUCUGGACUAUGGCCGCCGUAUCCCUCUGGCUGAGUGGGACGCCAGGAUCAACGCUGUCACCCCAAAGAUGGUGCGGGACAUCUGCUCCAAAUACAUCUAUGACAAGUGUCCCGCUGUGUCUGCUGUGGGUCCAGUCGAGCAGCUGCCUGACUACAACAGGAUGCGCAGCGCCAUGUACUGGCUCCGAUUUUAACUGUAUGAUGCCAGAGGUCACCUUUUCCCAAAGCCCUCAUCCCGCAGUCCUCCGUCCCUCUCCCCUCCACCCCUCCACCUGUAGGCCCUCUCUGCCCUACCCCCUACACCCAUAAACCCUCUGCCCUCCACCCUCUCCACCCAUAGGACUUUUAUCACAUGAGGCAGUAGAGAGUUCUCUGACUGCACAGAGCACUGGCAUUUUCUUCUUUUCCACUUUCUCCUUCAUCCGUUUACCUCAUUCAUACCCUGUUUUCUCAACCCUCAUUUCUCUGAACACGUAGUCAAGUGUGUGAGUGGGAACAGUAACAGUGUGUUUUACUUUGAUUUGUUUUACAGUUGGUUACUUUCUGUUAUUCUCUCGCAGCCUGGCACUUGAAUUCAAACCACAGGCUUUUAAAAUGGAGGAGAGGAUACCCCUAAGCAGGUUCACACAGACAUUUACAUUAUGCUCUGUACAUCAUUGCCUUCAGACAGCACUCACUGUCUUCAUACAGUACUGUAGGAGGGGAGGGGACAUGUAUUUACUGGUAUAAUCACCAGGAGGAACAAGCUUCUGUAUUUAACAGUAGAUUUUUAUGUCAAAGAGAAGAGGGAUGUAUUUAUGAUUUCAUGUAAGUUGUUUCUUUUCUCUUGUCCACUGUACAUAACAGCAAGGUCUCAUUCCAACCAAUUCAAAUAAAAUAUAUGAAA